AGAAAAGCUUGGUCUAUAAAUACAUGCCCUCCAAAUACGGAAACGAAUAAUCUCUUAGGUCCAAUUCCUGUUGUGUCUUGCAUAAUUUGUUCACAGAGCAUCCACUUGGGUUGUGAAGUAAACAAUCUGAACCAUAAUGGAUCCCCAUUUGAUGGAGGCCGCUCGAGCAGGAAAUAUCAAUGACUUGUAUGCAAGAAUUAAGUCGAAACCGGACAUUUUGGACGGUAUGAACAAAGAACUUUUUGUGGAGACUCCUCUGCACGUAGCCGCGUCAGCUGGACAAACCAAUUUCGCCUUAGAAAUCCUGACAUUAAGGCCAUCAUUCGGCAAGAAGUUGAAUCCAGAAGGGCUAAGCCCCUUGCACUUGGCUUUGCAAAACAAGCAUUCUGAGACUGUGAGACGGCUCGUCAAGUUUGACAGUGAACUCAUCCGUGUCAAAGGAAGGGAGGGUCUCACUCCUCUGCACUUUGUAGCCAAAACAGAUGAUCAAGACGAUCUUUUGUCUGAAUUUCUACAUGUUUGUCCUUCGUCUAUAAAUGAUGUGACGGUCCAUGAAGAGACUGCAUUGCACAUUGCUGUGAAAAGCUCUAGUCUUAAAGCUGUUAAAGUCCUCUUGGAAUGGCUUCGAAAAACCUAUAGGGGUGAGGUGCUGUGCUUGACAGACGAAGGAGGCAACACCGCGCUGCAUACUGCGGUCUCCACUUCACAACCUGAGAUUGUGAAGUUAUUAGUGAAAGAGAUCUACACGGACAAAAAGGCUGCUCUUGGCAUUGCAGAAACACUUCCCGACGGUCAGGCCAAAACUGAAAUCAAGGAAACUUUACGCCGUGCAGGAGCUUUAAAAAGAUCAUCUGUAGUUAGUGACCUUGGAGAAUUUUUGAAAUCACCGCGUCAAUGGUUCCAAGCUCUAAUCGGACGAAUCAUUCAGGAGCAGAGAGAAAUGUCACUUGAAAUGCGAAACACGAUACUUGUCGUAGCUGUUCUGAUCGCAACAUCUACAUUCCAAGCAGUACUUCAACCUCCAGGCGGAGUAAUGCGCGGUAACUAUGAACCUUCUCCUCCUUCCAACACCACUGGUAACAUUAACGGCACCAUCACCACCACCAAUUUUAUUUCUACUAACAUCACACAUUUUAACGCCACCAUAUUCAACAACAACAACAACACCGA